CAUUGGAGAAUGGAACAAGGUAUAUUAGAAAAAAUGCCAAAAUGUGCUGAAAAUUUAAUCGAAACAAUUAAUUAUCUUAAAAUGACAGAAGAAAUAAAUAAUGUAUAUCUUGCAACUGAUUAUCCUAUUUCAGGAGGUAAAUCAGCUUCAGAUACAUUUUAUAGUGUAAGAAAAGAACAUAGAAUAGCAAUUCAAAUGCUUAAUUCAACGUUAAACUUUAAUACUUGGGUUUCUUUAAAUGCUUUCAAAGAAUUUAGGAAUGAUAAAAAAUAUGAUUCAGAAUUUAGUAGUUCAGGUAUACAUGGAAUUUUAGAUAAAUUAGUAUGUAUACAAUCCGAUUAUUUUUUAAGUGGGCCUAAAGAUUGUUGUAGGAUACGUUCAACUUAUACUAGACUUAUUAGCGAAGAAAGAAAAGAUUUAAUAGACAAUGGUGAUAAGAGAAUACGUAAUGUUAUUACAAGAUGGGGAAAAUCAUAGUUAUAAUAAUGUACAACAAAUGUAAUCUAAUUAAUUUAAUACGAAUCUUAUAUUUCUUUCGUCUAAUAUAAGUGUUAUUGCGUAAACCUGAAUUUUGGGGAU